AUGUCGUCCGCUCGUGAGAAACUAGCGGAGCUCAGAGCCCUCCGUGCCGCCGGAAAAAAGCGUCUCUCAACAUACCAGAUCGAAGAUCAAGGCGACAUCUACGACGAGGUCGACGACGACGGAUACAAAAAAGUGAUUCGCAGCCGUCUUGAUCAGGAUGACUUCGUGGUAGACGACAACGGGGCUGGAUAUGCCGACGACGGGCGAGAAGUGUGGAAUGAACGAACUGUCGACUACGACAGUGAUGAAAGCGAUGAAUUACCUGCCCGAGGCAAGGCCGCGAAGAGGAAACGCGAGGAAGAGAAAGAACGCCAGGAAAAGAUCAAUAACGGAAUCUCGAAAUACUUCAACAGCGGUAAUGCGGCUGCAUCUGCUCCAAAACCCAAGCCGGUUGCGACUGCCGAGGACGAUGCCUUCAUGAAAGACCUGCUCGGUGAGGUAGAUACGAACAUCAUUUCAAACAAUAUACCCACCAGGAAUUUGGUCAAAUCAGAGACUCGUCGAAAAGUCCGCGUUCUCUCCCCUCCGAUCUCCGAAAGACGGCGCCGCGACCAGAUCGAAAAUACAAACGAGAACGACCUUCCCAGCUCCCCAAUGAAAGACCAAUCUGCCCUUCACUCCGACGAUUUUGAUGACGGGCCCCUUCCUCAAGCAGAUGACGACGACAUCGAAAUGGGCGACCCGAUGCCCUCGUCUCCAAUCAGCAAGGCAAUUGAGCGGAAGACGACCGCGACUGCGAUCAAGAAAGAGGAGUCUGACGAUGAAGAUGUUGACAUGAUGGAUGUUGCCGAGGCUACAAUCUCCUCCAGCAUCAAGACCUCCAGUGUGAACAUGACUGGGAGCAGACCCCCACCCAAAUUGAAAAAGGAAAUCCUUCCAACACCAGCUAGCUCAUCGCCCGUCAAGAUGGCAGCAGAGGUCAUGGAUGCCUCUUGGAACGAUAUUCAGAGCAAGUUGAAUGUUGUCAGCAGCCCUGCGCCCGAAGUGAGAUCCUUUGGAAAAUUGCGUGCUCAGGACGUGGUUGAGGAUGAUGGCAGUCUACGCAUGUUCUGGCUCGAUUAUACCGAGGUCAACGGCAGCCUUUGCCUGUUCGGUAAGGUCAAGAACAAGACGACCGGCUCUUUUGUCAGCGCCUUUGUGAAAAUCGACAACAUCUUGAGAAAGCUGUAUUUCCUUCCUCGUGAGUACCGACACAAGCAAGGAAGGCAAACAGAGGAUGAGGUCGGUAUGGAGGAAGUCUACGAAGAAGUCGAUGCAAUGAUGUCAAGGAUGCGUGUGGGUAUGCACAAGAUCAAGCCUUGCACCCGCAAAUAUGCAUUCGAAUUGCCCGGUGUGCCAAGGGAAACCGAAUACUUGAAACUACUGUACCCUUAUGACAAACCUGCGCUGCCCAUGGAAACGAAGGGUGAAACGUACUCGCAUGUAUUCGGCACCAACACAUCCCUCUUCGAGCAAUUUGUGCUCUGGAAAAAUAUUAUGGGCCCUUGUUGGCUCAAGAUCGAUGAGGCUGACUUCUCUGCCGUCCACAACGCCUCGUGGUGCAAGUUUGAAUGCCAGGCCUCCAAGCCAGCACUGAUCACCCCAGUCCCAGAAACGGAAAAUCUCGACACCCCACCAUUGACCCUCAUGAGUCUGUCAUUCCGUCACCAGUUGAAUGUGAAGGACAACACGCAGGAGAUUCUCAUGGCUAGUGCCAGAGUAUACGAGAAUGUUUCGCUCACGGAUACAACUCCGACAGAGAAGCUUCCCUGCAAGACAUUCACUGUCAUGCGUCCUGCAGGACCCUCAUACCCUAUUCAUUUCGAGGCCGAGACGAAGAAGCAGCGAGGCACGUUCAUGCUGGAGAAGAGCGAACAGUUCUUGCUAAGCAAGUUUUUGGCCUUGUUCGAGAAGAUGGACCCCGACGUUAUCAUGGGUCAUCAGCUGCAGGAUGUCGAUCUUGGUAUUCUUCUCAAUCGUAUGCGGGAAAAGAAGACACCUGGGUGGCACCGUAUCGGACGGCUCCGACGUGGCGAAUGGCCCAAGCUCAACAGGGGCGGAGGUGGGUUUUUCAUUGAAAGACAGCUUAUCGCAGGUCGAUUGCUUUGUGACGUCUCGAACGACAUGGGCAAGUCUCUCAUGAUGAAGUGUCAAUCGUGGAGUUUAUCCGAAAUGUGCCAGCUUUACCUUGGAGAGGGAAACAGCCGCCAGGAGCUCGAUGUUGAGGCCGCUCUGAAGACGUGGGCUUCAUCUAAAGACGGCCUAAUGAACCUGGUGAGCCACUGUGACACCGAUACAUACUUCAUCGCUGCUCUGGUGCUACGCCUGCAGAUGCUUCCGCUCACGAAAGUGUUGACGAAUAUUGCCGGUAACUCGUGGGCUCGUACGCUAAGCGGCACGCGUGCCGAGCGUAAUGAGUACAUUCUGUUGCACGAAUUCCAUCGCAACAAGUAUAUCUGCCCUGACAAGUACUCCUCUCGCUUGCAAAAAGCGGAGGAGAAACUUCACGAAGGCGAUGAUGACGAUGUUGCCGACAAGAAGAAAAAGGAUAAGUAUAAAGGUGGUCUCGUGUUCGAGCCCGAGAAGGGCCUUUACGACAGAUUCGUUCUGGUGAUGGACUUUAACAGUCUGUAUCCCAGUAUUAUCCAAGAAUACAAUAUCUGCUUUACGACAGUUGAUCGACAGGCCACUUCUGAGAACGAGAAUGAGGAAGCAGUCCCGGAGAUCCCUUCAUCAGAUCAAGAGCAGGGGAUCCUGCCGCGACUCAUUGCAACCUUGGUUGGUCGACGACGUGAGGUGAAGAAGCUUAUGAAGGAUAAACGUGCUACACCCGAACAGCUUGCUCUGUGGGACACCAAACAGCUCGCUUUUAAGCUCACGGCCAACUCCAUGUACGGAUGCUUGGGUUAUACGCAAAGUCGAUUCUAUGCCCGUCCACUUGCCAUGCUCACCACCUUCAAGGGACGUGAAAUUCUUCGAAGCACCAAGGAGCUUGCUGAAAGCAAGCAACUCAGGGUCAUUUACGGUGAUACUGAUUCCGUGAUGAUCAACACCAACAUGGAUACUAUCAGCGAUGCUAUCAAAGUUGGUGAGGAGUUCAAAAGGACAGUCAACGAGCGAUACCGUCUGCUCGAGAUUGACAUUGACAACAUAUUCCGCCGGCUUCUGCUGCAUGCUAAGAAGAAGUAUGCCGCUGUCAAUCUGACAGAAGUCGACGGCAAAUACAUCGAGACCCUCGAGGUGAAGGGUCUUGACAUGAAGCGUCGUGAAUACUGUGCGCUUUCCAAGGAAGCCUCCCAAAGGCUUCUCAACGAAAUCCUGUCGGGUGAAGAUCAAGAGGUUGUCCUCAACAAGGUUCACGACUACCUACGUGAGCUUGCGGAGAAGAUGAAGGACUUUUCAGUCCCCGUUCAGAAAUACGUCAUCUAUACGAAGUUAUCUAAGAGUCCCGAUCAGUAUCCGAACAAGGAGACCAUGCCUCCUGCGCAAGUCGCUCUUCGGGAUAUUGCUCGAGGCAAGACGAUCCGACCGGGAGAUGUCAUCUCCUACAUUGUCACAAGCGGAGACGCAGAGACGUCAUCCUUGCCUCCCGCCAAACGGUCCUAUACUCCUCAAGAUGUGCUGAAGCCUUCUUCCGGGCUCAAGCCCGACGUGGAGUUCUAUUUGCUCAAGCAGAUCUUCCCCCUAUUGAGCGGCUCUGCGCCCCCAUUCCUGGCACUGACGCUGUUCGUCUUGCGGAAUAUCAACACCUCCAGCUCCACGAAGCAGCAGGACUCGGAGAUCUACCCUCUUGAAUCUCAAAUCCCAGACUCAGUCCGGUUCGCCAACGCGGCGCGUUUCACCCUCAAAUGUCGCUUUUGCAAGGAGCAGUCCGUGUUCGAAGGGCUGGCAAAUUCUCCUCAGAUGUGUUCCGCGACUGGCAUCGUCUGCCCCAAUGAAAGUUGCCAACGAUCUUUCUCCGUGUUGACGAUUGUGGCUCAACUGGAGUCUCAGAUCCGUGAACAAACCGCGCGCUAUUACGAGGGGUGGCUCGUGUGUGAUGACUCUGCCUGUGGAAAUCGAACUCGCCAGAUAAGUGUCUAUGGUCAUCGGUGUCUCGGUCCACGCGGUCGUGCUGAGGGCUGCUUGGGCCGGAUGGCUUACGAGUACAGCGAGAAGCAGAUUUACAACCAGCUUCUGUACUUUUCUGGUCUCUGGGAUGUCGACAAAGCGAAAGCUGCGGCUGUAAAGGAGUCCGGAGAGAAGAAGGACAGCGUUGCGGCUCUUGCGGAAUUUAACCGAACACGCUUUGGUACGAUCAAGACCGUGGUAGAUGGCUACCUGAAAAAGUGUGGUCGACAAUGGGUUGAGAUGGAUAGUCUAUUCCGCUUUAUGAUACCACAAUAG